CAAAGUCUUCUGGAGGCCAAGAACAUGGUGAUGAGCUUUCGAGUGUCCGACCUUCAGAUGCUCCUGGGUUUCGUCGGUCGGAGUAAGAGCGGACUGAAACACGAACUGGUCACCCGGGCCCUGCAGCUGGUGCAGUUUGACUGCAGCCCCGAGCUGUUCAAGAAGAUCAAGGAGCUGUACGAGACUCGCUACGCCAAGAAGCACGCCGAGCCCGGCCCGCAGCCGCCCCGGCCUCUGGACCCCCUGGCCAUGCACUCCACCUACGAGCGGGCUGGCGCGGUGCCCAGGACUCCGCUGCCGGGCCCCAAUAUUGACUACCCUGUGCUGUACGGGAAGUACUUGAACGGACUGGGACGGUUGCCCGCCAAGACCCUCAAGCCCGAAGUCCGCCUGGUGAAGCUGCCCUUCUUCAACAUGCUGGACGAGUUGCUGAAGCCCACCGAGCUAGUUCCGCAGAACAGCGAGAAGCUCCAGGAGAGCCCGUGCAUCUUCGCGCUGACGCCACGCCAGGUGGAGCUGAUCCGGAACUCCAGAGAACUGCAGCCCGGGGUCAAGGCCGUGCAGGUUGUUCUCAGAAUCUGUUACUCAGAUACCAGCUGCCCCCAGGAGGACCAGUACCCGCCCAACAUCGCCGUGAAGGUCAACCACAGCUACUGCUCGGUGCCGGGCUACUACCCCUCCAACAAGCCCGGCGUGGAACCCAAGCGGCCCUGCCGGCCCAUCAACCUCACCCACCUCAUGUACCUGUCCUCGGCCACCAACCGCAUCACCGUCACCUGGGGUAACUACGGCAAGAGCUACUCCGUGGCGCUGUACCUGGUGCGGCAGCUGACCUCGUCGGAGCUGCUGCAGCGGUUGAAGACCAUCGGCGUGAAGCACCCGGAGCUGUGCAAAGCCCUGGAGCCACGUGUCCGCGGGGUUGUUUCGGUGGCAGAGUCAGCAGGCCCCGUGGUGACCCUGUCGACUGCAGUGCCCGGAUCUUCCCAGAAACGUCCCAAAAGCCCCCAUGUCGGUGUCUCCUUGGGGCGUCGGCUGGUGAAGAUGCGGCUGUCCGUGCCCUGCCGGGCGGAGACCUGCGCCCACCUGCAGUGCUUCGACGCCGUCUUCUACCUGCAGAUGAACGAGAAGAAGCCCACCUGGAUGUGCCCGGCGUGCGACAAGCCGGCCCCCUACGACCAGCUCAUCAUCGACGGGUGA